GCCUACAAUUAAGAACGAGAUUCUCACAACAGACAACUGAAACGCUCGUGACGGUCGCAUUCGUUGUACAAUUAGGAACUGAUCGUUGAUCUCCAUGAGAUAAUCGCAAGACACGUAUAUAUCCUUGAAUAUGUCGCAUCAACGAACUACCUCGACCUUGGACGGAGUGAAAGAACCGCAUUCUGUCAGUUUGAAGGUUUUGAGACUUUCCCGUCCAUCGCUUUCAAUUCAACAUCCACUUCCCACACCAUCUCCUUCACCACCUCCAAAUCUCAGCCUUCCCGCUCCUUCAGCCUCCCUCGCAUACCCAUCUCCCACCCCUUCGAACUUUAUUCUCUCUCCUCUCCUCACACUCCCUCCAGCUUUUGGAUCUGCAUAUGUAGGAGAGACAUUUAGUUGUACUCUUUGCGCUAAUAAUGAGCUCCCUCCUCCUAUUUCUCAGCCCGCUCAAACGCAUACCUCUCCGGAUAUCGCAAACUCGCCCAAUACUACCAAAAUAAUAUCAAACAUCUCUGUCACUGCAGAAAUGAAAAUCCCUUCCACAACAACUCCUAUAUUGCUCCCUCUUUCUGGUCCUGAGUCUUCCCCACAAGUCUCUACCACCCCAAAGGAAGGAACCCCGGAAACAGAAAUCAUAUCUCAGAGUUCAUUACAGAAAGUCCUUCAUUUCGAUCUCAAAGAAGAAGGUUCUCAUGUUCUGGCUGUUACAGUAACAUAUACCGAAUCGUCUCCGUCCUCUCCUCCACGUACUCGCACAUUCCGUAAAUUAUAUCAAUUCAUCUGCAAAGGAUGUCUCGUGGUCCGUACCAAAAUCGGACCAUUAUCAUUUCCAAAAUCUACCUCUACGAGUAGUUCUUCAUCCAAGAAAUAUGCAUUAGAGGCCCAACUAGAAAAUAUCACAGAAGAUAACCCUAUUACGUUAACUUUGGUUCAUUUGACCACUACUAAAGGAUUCAAUGCUACAAGCUUAAAUUGGGAGAUUGUACUUUCUGAUUCAGAAAAGGAAAACGGAGGAGAUGUAGAAUUAGAGAGACCUGUAUUAGCACCAGGAGACAUUCGACAGGAUUGCUUCUUAGUUGAAGAGAAAGUUUCUGGGGAUGAUGGUGAAGCUGCGGAUAGUGUAAAGGGGGGGAAAGAAACCGAAAUUGUAGACGGGAGGUUGAUAUUUGGCGUUUUGAGUAUAGGGUGGAGAGGCGCUAUGGGGAAUAAAGGGUUUUUGAGUACGGGGAAUCUAGGAACUAGGAUCUCAUAAGAUGAAACGAGGUAACGUGAGAAUUAGGUGGGAUUCAGAGAGAAUCAAAUGGGGUUCUUCAUUAGCAUGCUCAUCAUUUGGAUAUUGUAUGACGUGUUGUACGAACAUUUUUGUUCAAAACGAUAUUAAAUGAUAAUGAUUAGAUUAUAUGUGAAUUUAAUUAAUAUUGUCACCUAAUAAAAAUACGAUUAUUUAAUAGG